CAAACACAUGCUCACAUUGGCGCUCUUGAACGCACCUCCAUUGUAAACGUAAACAAAGAUGGCGUAGGAGAACGCCUUAGCACAGCUGGUUGAAGCCAUCAAAGUGAUUCAUCCCCAACAGUUACUGGUCGGUUUUUAACUCCUGACUGAGCUUUAAGCUUCAGAAGAUGAAGAUUGCUUUGCUGGGAGCCACUGGGCAGACUGGACAGUAUCUGGUCAAGCAGGCGCUGGAGCAGGGCCACACGGUCACCGCUGUGGUCAGGAACCCUGCUAAGCUUGUAGUGCACCAUCACAACCUAAAGGUGGUGACGGCUGAUAUUUUCUCAGCAGACAGCCUGAAGCCUCAUUUCAAAGACCAGGAUGUGGUCAUGUCCUGCCUCGGCUUUCCUGCUUCCUUCUUCUAUGGGGUGACAGGCUAUACUACGUCCAUGGCUGCUGUGGUCAGCGCUAUGAGAGAAACCCGGGUCAAUAGGGUCAUCACCAUGACCUCCUGGUACACAGAGCCUAACUCUGGAACCCAGUCUCCAUUCCUAAUCCGGUUCCUCCUGCUGCCGAUGAUCCGAAGCGUCCUCAGCAACAUGUAUGAGAUGGAACGCUUCCUGCAGAAAAGCGAGGACAUCAACUGGACCGUAGUCAGGCCUCCUGGCCUUAAGAACCUGGCUGCCUCAGCUCAGGAGUUUUUGACGCAUGAGGGAUAUUUUGUGCCGGACAGCGGCGGUCAGACCGCUGUAGGAAGAGGAGACGUGGCUCGCUUCAUGCUCUCGCUGCUCAACAGCAAUGCCUGGGUAAAGAAAGGAGUCGCCAUCACCACAAAGUGAACGGAGAGCACCAGAAAUGGUUCACCUUUUUAAGAAAGUUUGAACACAAACAGUUUUUGGAAGUGUCUAACCAUGGAGAUUAAUUCACUGUCAUCAGUAAGGAAAUAUGCUGUUGAAACUCCUUUACAUUGAAAAUAGUUAACAUUGCAGGGUUAUCAGCUCAAUCUAGUUUCCUUCUUUAUGCAGCAACAAACCAAAUAACACUCCUCUGUACAAUCUCCGCUGUGGUUGUAAUGUUUAACAAAGUUUAUAAGUAAUCCAGUUAAGCUGCUGAUUCUUAAAAACUUCUUUUUUUUUUUAAAUAAAAGUCUGAUUUCCUACAUCGUUCCAAAUGACCAUCAGAGGAAAAGUCCUGUAAUGCACAGCAUUAUAAACAACCUGGAUUUCAACUCAGUGGAGAGAAUUUAAGUUCUGAUCAAGUGCAGAGGUGAUAAUGAAAAUUACCGAGGAGCAAAACUCAGUGAAUAUUGAACAAAAUGUGGAUCUAACUAUAUUUAGUGUGUUCAGACUAUAAAUGGAUGCUCCACUCAUGUUCUAACCUUUUCAUGUAAGGUUAAAGUUAAUUUGCCUUUUUUUUUUAAGUCUGUGGUGAGAUACUACCAGUAGUGCUUUGGGUGAACCAUGCUGUGCAUAUAUGAAUAAAGCAUUAUCAUCGCUGCCUUUAAAUGUGUGUCUGAUAAACUUAAUCUUACUUCGCUCUGGAUUAACAUGUUUUUAUAAUCUUAAAAAUCUGUCAUCCACAUUCUUUUGGUAAAGUGUAGUACAUACAUUCAGCCACAUGACUGCAGUGUUGUGCCAUAAUUAUUAAAAUUGACCUUUCAU